UGCAAUCUAAAGUCGCGUUUGCGACUUCUAAUUUGGAACUUCACACUCCAGACGCCCACCGUUCUGCUAUUCUCCCUGGAGCCUUCACGCCAUAUAAUUCCUCGCCCCAGUACCAACUGAAAAUAUCUAUCUAUAAAUUCAUCUCAUCAAGAUUCCACAUUUCAAAUAAAUCGGUAUUGUUUUUUGCUCUCCUGGUUUCGAAUCCUCCCGUACUAAUGUCGGUAAGAACAGUGAAAGUGAGCAACGUCUCUUUAGGUGCUUCUGAACAAGAUAUCAAGGAGUUCUUUUCUUUCUCUGGGGAAAUUGAACAUGUUGGAUUAAAGAGUGAGAAUGAGCGGUCGCAAACUGCAUUUGUCACUUUCAAGGAUCCUCAGGGUGCUGAAACUGCUGUUCUUCUUUCGGGAGCUACCAUAGUUGAUCAGACAGUUACCGUAGCCCUCGAACCAGAUUACGUGCUGCCGCCUACAGCUUCAGCUGCAAUUGCUGCAGCAGAAAACAAGAAUGAAGGCGGUGCUGCAUCUGUUGUCCAGAAGGCAGAAGAUGUCGUAAGCAGUAUGCUCGCAAAGGGUUUUAUCUUGGGGAAGGAUGCACUUAACAAAGCAAAAGCCUUGGACGAGAAGCACCAAUUCACUUCCACUGCUUCAUCCAAAGUAGUUUCAUUGGACCAAAAGAUUGGGUUGAGUGAGAAAAUCAGCCUCGGAGCAACCAUUGUCAAUGAUAAAGUGAAGGAAAUGGACCAGAAGUUUCAGGUUUCCGAGAAGACUAAGUCUGCUUUUUCAACUGCCGAGCAGACGGUUAGCAAUGCUGGAUCUGCCAUUAUGAAAAACAGAUACGUUUUGACUGGUGCUUCGUGGGUAACUGGUGCUUUCAAUAGGGUUACCAAGGCUGCUGGUGAAGUUGGGCAAAGGACGAUGGAUAAGGUAGCUGAAGAAGACACUGGAAAAAAUGCGGAAGCAGGAUAUGCUCACGUUCAGAGCUCUGAAUCCCCCAAAGCUGCAACAAUUGAAACGAAGCCCUCUUCUCCUCGGGGCUUGGUUCUUUGAAGUAUGAACUAUAUAUUUUCGACAACUCUAAGGUGGGAUUCGUUUACGUUCUCUCGAUUAUUGUUCAGACUUUUGCAUUGAAUAGUCUAGAAGUUCCGGGGAUAUAUAUAUAUAUAUAUAUUACUCAAUACUCUCUGUUUUUAUCUAUACUGGUGAAUGAAAUUCUCUCUGGCCUGAUAAGUUGUAACUAGAUGAUGAUUUUUUUAUUUUAUUUUAUUUAUUAUGCAAAA